AUGCCAUCCGUUGCAUCUUCUUCUAAUGAAGGUUCCUCCACUAGAGAAGCUUUUGAAUCAGUGACUUCCAUUGCUGAUGUUUCAAUAAUCAAUGAUCCUUCACUUGACCAACAUGAUACAUUAGAUAUAGGUGAUGCAUUAUUCUCCAAAUUGUUUCCUAAGGAGGAAAUAAAUUCAACUACCGAAACUGUCAAUAAUAAAUAUGUUUUGGUCAAGUUAUUAGGAGCUCCUGAUUAUUUUAAUAAAUUUAGAAUCAUGAAACUUAAUCAAGUCCGUUAUCAAUUAAGAGAAUCCAUAGUGAUUACAAAUGAUUCAAAUUUAGUAAAUUUUAAUAAUGAUUCGUUGACUUUAAAUAAAGCUGUCAUAAAAUCUAUUGAUUAUGAUGAUAUACCCAAAUUAUCACAAAUAUUUGUUUCUAUACCUCAUGAAAUCUAUCAAUUAUUACAUGAAAAAUCCCAACAAGCUAUAAAACAAAAGUUUUUAACACAAUUAUUGGUUGAUAAUGGGAAUGUUGUAAAUGAAGGAGACUCUAUAAGAUUAAUUAAUGGAACCGUCAAUUUAUGUGAACCUUUGACUCAAGGUAGAGUUGAAUAUGAUACUAAUAUUGUGUUGAUUAAUCAAAAUGAAGAUAAAUAUAAUGAGCAAGAAAGUAUUGAUAUAGAAAAUGAACGAGAUUUGGAGUCUGAUCAAGAUGAGAAUCUUGAUUUGUCUAGUUAUUUAUCAUCAAGUUUACAAUUUGACAAAUUUGACCAAUAUACAAAACCAGAAAACUCCAAUAGAUUUAAGGUUGGUCCAUUACCACAAAAGUUCAAUAUUGAUGAUUUACCUCUGAAUUGGAAAAAAGAUGAUAGUGAAUUAUUUGUAUUCAUUAAUAAUGCUGAUUUUAUCAAAUUGGGAUUUCCUAUAUUCAAUGGUGAUUUAGUGAAAAUUAAAACAGGGACAGAAACAGAAACAGAAACAGUUGUCGUUAGAGUAUUCACAUUCACUGAACCUCAAAACAGUUUUAAAACUGGUACCGUCUAUAUGUCUCCUAUUUUGUUGAUAAAUCUUAAAUUACAAAAAGAUUCCUAUAUUGAAUUCGAACCUGUUACUCAAUUAGAUACUUUAUCCAACACAAUCCCUAUUGCAGAAUCAGUGACAAUUUCUAGAGUUAGUUCACAAAUCACCAUGGAUAAAACUUAUCAACAAAGUUUUUUCUCAAGUUUAAAGACAACUUUGAGUACUCGGUUGAAAUGUGUCAAACAGGGUGAUUAUCUCCCUGUUGUGAUCGACACUGUCUUGGCUAAAACCAUGUUUGAUAAUUUGAUUGAAGACGGUAAUGAAAAUGAAGAGACUUCCGGGUCCAACGAAGGUGGAAUCGAUGUUAUCCCUAUUGGUAAUCCAGAUGCAGUCGCAUGGUUUAAGAUAACUGAAGUUAAAGGGGCAAACAGUAUUGAUACCAACCAAUUUCUUAUUGAUCCUUCAAAAACAAUGCUAGUGUCAUCUGGCGUUGAAAGUAUUAGGUUGCCACAAAAUUCAUUUGUAAAAUGGUAUCAAUAUUUGAAUUUACCUCCAAUUUUCAAUUAUGAAGAAACUGGUGAUUUCAAAUAUGCUAAAGAAUUUAAGAAGACUUUGUCUACUUGUCUUGCUUCCAAGAUUAAUUUGAAAACUUCAAUAUUAUUGACAUCAAUGAGUAGAGGUAUUGGUAAAACCACCCUUGUGAGAAAUUCUUGUAUUGAAUUGGGAUUGAAUUUGAUUGAAUUGGAUUGUUUUGAUUUGUUGAACCCGGGGCAAGAAUUGAAAACUAUUGGUCUUUUAACCGGUAAAAUAGAUAAAUUAAUUGCUAAUGUUCAAAGCACUUCAUCAUUCCAUGUUAUUUAUCUCAAACAUAUUGAAAAUUUGUGUCCUAAAACCGAUGAAAAUGAUCAAAACUCAAGUAUUUUCACAUCAUUAUCAUUGAAAAUUAUUCAAGUAUUGCAUGAUUAUUUGAAAACAUAUCGGAAUCUAGUGAUAGUUAUGAGUUGUAAUGAUUAUGAUAAACUUAAUGAUAAUCUAAAAUCCAUAAUAAAAUUCACCAUUGAAUUCACCGUUCCUUCUGAAAAUGAAAGAUUAGAGAUUUUCAAAUUUUUAAUCAAUAAUGAAAAAAAUAAAACUUUCACCAAAGAUAUCAAUUCUUAUCCUUUCACAAUCAGAAAAGAUAUUAAUUUUAAAAACCUUGCGUUACAAUCUGCUGGUUUAACUCCACGAGAUUUGAUAUCUAUCAUUAAAAAAUCGAAAAAAUUGGCCAUUAAACGAUUAACCAAACUAUCAAAAGAUUCUCAAAUUUCCAUUCAGAACAUAGUUAAUAUUGGUAAUGGUGGAGUUAUUAAUUGGGUGCCAGAUGAUUUUAAUGCCGCUAUCAAUGAAGCACGUAAUCAAUUUAGUGAUUCUAUUGGUGCACCCCGUAUUCCUAAUGUUAAAUGGGAAGAUAUUGGUGGAUUGGAUCUUGUUAAAGAUGAGAUCUUGGAUACAAUUGAUAUGCCAUUGAAACAUCCAGAAUUAUUUAAUAAUGGAUUAAAGAAAAGAAGUGGGAUUUUAUUUUAUGGUCCUCCAGGUACUGGUAAAACUUUAUUGGCUAAAGCCAUUGCCACCAAUUUCUCACUUAAUUUCUUUUCGGUGAAAGGUCCAGAAUUAUUGAACAUGUAUAUAGGGGAAUCAGAAGCCAAUGUUCGUCGUGUUUUCCAAAGAGCUCGUGAUGCAAAACCAUGUGUUAUUUUCUUUGAUGAGUUGGAUUCCGUGGCACCGAAAAGAGGUAAUCAAGGUGAUUCCGGGGGUGUUAUGGAUAGAAUUGUAUCUCAAUUAUUAGCUGAAUUAGAUGGUAUGAGUAGUGAAGGUGGUGAUGGUGUAUUCGUUGUUGGUGCUACUAAUAGACCCGAUUUGUUAGAUGAGGCGUUAUUAAGACCAGGUAGAUUUGAUAAAAUGUUAUAUUUGGGUAUUUCCGAUACUGAUGAAAAACAAACGAAAAUAUUGGAAGCAUUGACCAGAAAAUUCAAAUUGGACGAUAAUGUGAAUUUAGAACAAGUUGCUGCCAAAUGUUCAUUUACAUUUACCGGUGCUGAUUUCUAUGCCUUGUGUUCUGAUUCAAUGUUGAAUGCUAUGACAAGAGUGGCUAAUGAAGUUGAUGAAAAAAUCAAACAAUACAAUUUACAAUUGACUCAACAAGGAAAGGAGACGGUUAAUACAAGAUGGUGGUUUGAUAAUGUCGCUACUGAACAGGAUACAACUGUUUUGGUGCAAAUGGAAGAUUUUAUCAAAGCACAAAAUGAAUUGAUACCUUCUGUUUCCGCUGAAGAGUUGCAACAUUAUUUGAAAGUUAGAGAAAAUUUUGAAGGAGGUAAAGAAAAGGCAAAGCAACAACAGCAAGAACAGCAACAAGAACAUCCUGAAAUUAUCCAUGAAGAAGAUUUAUUGAAUAAUAAUCUCAAGUUGAAUGGUAAUGGUCACCAACUGGGGUGA